AUGGACAUCGUUGCCCUCAGCAAGACCCGCCUCUCUGGACAAGGACAACUGGAGCAGGUGGGUGCUGGCUGUACCUUCUUUUUGAGCGGAUGCCGAUUGGCAGAACAACGCGUCACUCGCGUCGCCCUUGACAUCCGGAAGGACAUCGUGAGACGACCGCCCGGACAUCAGCAACCGACUCAUGACUCUACACCUGACCGUUUGGGGAAACAAAUUCACCAUCAAAUCGGACGAAGCCGAGAAUAAACUCUACGAGAACCUACACGCAUUCCUGUCGACCGUGCCGAAGGCUGAAAAGACAGUUGUCCUUGGUGACUGUACCUUCCGCGUCAGGAGAGACAACGCUCACUGAGAGGUAAUGCUGGAUCUCUGUGGGUUCGGCGACUACAACGACAAUGACCUCCUCCUUCUGCGUACCUGCGCAAAACGCUGUCUCCUCCUGACCGGCACCUGCUUCCGCCUUCCAACGGGCGAGAAGUCAACACGGAUGCGGGAUCGGUAGGACGUCCCGGUGACCAAUGUGAUCUGCGACGUCGGUGGCUGGACGUAUCACCAUCUCGAAAUCUCUAAGAUGAGGCUUCAACUGCAACCCCGCAGGAAUCCAUAAUGUAGGCGGUCACCAGGUAAGUAAGAUACCGUUCUGUGGAAUUUGCCUGUUCACCGUUUUGAUUUCCUCAGUCAACUGACCCGAAGACUGGAGGUUUUUUCUGACUGCAAGCGAUAACGCCACCGUGGGGACACGGCGAUGCACACUGCGGAACGUGUCCACUCCGUCGUUUCUGACGUUCUCGGUCGCGCAUGUCCGGACCGACACCUUCUUUGUCUUCCGAUGUGGGAGAAGUCGAUAUGGGUGCACCCUCGCUCACUUCACAUGCAUCCGCUGAACUACCUCUUACUUUCGACGCGUGACCAACGUGACGUGCUCGUGAUCAGGGCAACGUCUGGUUGCGGCUCAUUCGUGGGGAUCCGGCCACGCAUUCAAAUUUGACGAGUCCGAAAUUCUCGCAAGAGGUGACAACCGCGUGAGCCGGGAGCUGCUUGAGUCAUGGUUUACUGGCCCCCAGUCUAUUAACAAGUACAAUGAUCUUCCCAUUCCAUACUCGGUGCUGAGACUUCGCCUGGGCGGAGUAAUUAACCACGCAGGGAGCGCACAGGUGAACACUUUUCCCAACACCGGGGUCACCGCGUCAGUUGGUUGAGCAAUCAUCACACCAACAUCCAACGCACGUGAGGAAACUGCAGCAAUUAACGACGCGAAUGUCGGCCAUCACACCACGUGCAACGAUCCCUAAUGAAGGGGACGGGGGCCGUGAUUAUUUAGAGGUAUGCGGUAGCAUGGCUACUGCAUCCUAUAAAUACUGCAGCCCUUUAUGCAUGAAACACCCUUAUCUGCUUCUGUCUCUGAUGACGGGUUCGGGCAGGAAUCCGAAACGUCAUGCUAGUAAAGCUCUUGCCCCAGCGAUUUUGUCUCCUUCUUCGCAACAUCUGGUGCCGUCUGCCGGACAGACCACCGCCUUGUCAUCUCCAAGGCAAGUUACCCAAACUGCAAGAAAUUAAGACCAUGGAGGCAAAUACCAAUGUCAACUCCCAGCAGAGGGAGCUACGGGAUGCCAUUCAGGUCAUCCCAAUGGAAGCCCUUGGCCGCGAAUGUCGUCACCACCAGGACUGAGAUUCAAUGGCUUUGGUGAAGAAAUCCAUACUCCUCUCUCAGUGAGACAAACUACUCGACCUACACUACAACCAGAAGCAACGUACAUAAAGUUACCCACGGAUGACGAAAUCCGGUAGUUAGCCAUUCGGAGGCAUGCGAUGAGUGUGGGAGCCGAUAAUCUUGACCAGCAUACAGGCGCAUAGCAACUGCAUGGUAACGGCACACUUCAACAGCUGGCCAGUCAAGCUGUGAUGCACUCGGGAGUUGUCAACUGUGAUAGGCAUGUAGCGACCUAGAAACUGCAUCCUAUAAAUAUUGCAACACCCGAGCAAUCCACUACCCUUAUCUAACUCUGUCUCUGAUGAGUGUGAAUCCGAAACGUCAGACUAAUAAAGCACUUGUUCCAGCGAUCGCGUCUCAUUCUCCGCAAAGUUACACACUUCCGACGGUUAGUAUACCAGAGGUUGAGGGAGAUGCAGAACGACUUGUUGACUCCCGAAACUGAGGGGAUCCGGGGAUAUGCCGACCGUAAUUAAAUGAGAAAUGACUUCGUUGCCAUCGGAGCAGUAUACAGUUCACAAUCCAAGGGGUCUGCGCAACUGCUGAUUCUAGAGGAAACAACCAUCCUGACGAGGAAGUCGCUCAUUCUGGAGCGUUAGAUUGCGCACUUCCAGGGUGUCCUAAACCAUCCCUCGACAAUAUUCAGCGAAGGCACCAACUGAUUUUCCCAGGUGGAUAUAAACGAAGUCCACUAUCUUAAACCGUCUCUCUCUGAAACAGUCAGAACUCUGCGACGGUUGUACAGUGGAAAAGCGCCGAGGCAGACGCGACUCCAGCCGAAGUCUACAAGUACGGUGGUCCACAGUUCAAAAUUCGGUCGAUCGCUGGCGGGCUCGCGUGACCUUUGGCCUCGUCGCUACCGUUGUAGUUGCGGCAAAUUAACUAUACCACAGUCUCACAAGUUAGCCAUGAAGCACAAUUAUAGGCUUUUCUUGAUCUUAGAGCCGUAGUUGGAUCAUUAAUGUGAUCAUAACAUAGUUGAUCCAUUAGUCCUUCAAGAAGGUAUUUUAUGUUGAAACGCGAAAAUGCCCCGGCGCGCAGGAUCCCUAAAAACGACCACAACACUGACCAAACCCCUUAUAAAUUUUUCCAGUCCGAGGAACUACGUAAAUUACCCAGCAAUACUUCUGAAAGUAAGUCAGACGUUGUUCGAAAGAGCAGUUGUUUUGGCUUCCAGGUGAAAAGUGACAUCAAAUUCUCACUUAUUCUCCACAAAUUGUGAACGAGGAGUGCGUAUGACAAUACAUAGACUCAGUCUAAAAGUUAAUUGUUUUUGCACACCCGUUGUCUGAAGACGAGCUGGGGAACCAGUCUCGAAAAUUCACAAUAAACUUUUGCUGUUUCCCAAAGAACUUCACCUUUCUAAUAGGAAUUUAUACAUACAUACCUCACGUUUCUUUUCCCCGGAGAAAACAAAGAAAGGAAAGCGGAAGAAGGGGACGAAGAAGAGGAGAAGGAGGAGGAGGAGGAGGAGGAGGAGGAGGAGGAGGAGGAGGAGGAGAUUUUAGGAACCGACUUGUAUUCGGACUGA